CAACGAGGCAGUUUCUCUUUAAUCUAAAGCGGAGUAGAGGUGUUGAUUGUCAUUUGUUGCAGCAAUUUGUCCUUUUCAGAACAUUCGGGAGCAUGGCAGCGACUGCAUUUCAUUUGUUGAUACAACUUAUGGAGAAGAAGACUAAUCGCUCUUUUGACGACCAAGAGAUCAUUGAACACCUGAUCAGUGGAAGAUUUGCCACGACUAUCGAACAACGCAUGUAGUUCUCAGGGAGACCAUUGCCAGAGCAGGAUGUCCGCAUCAUCAGGCUGAUCGACACGAGCUACAUUAUCGGCUUUUACCGCGGCGCCACGAAGUUUGGUCCAUUGGACGACAGCGAAAGAAUGGAGCUCGACUUAGAAGCUUGGGAAGCGUACCGCCAUCUCAGCCUUUUCGACCGGGCAAUAAUGAAACAGCUACUGGAAGCUUCUGCUUAUCUUGGGCAUGGCUACACCACUGAAUACUGGACGGAAUCACUUACGAAAGUUUCACCGCAACCCUUUACAGAACUCACGAUAAACCCUCUUUACAAACUGGAGCAUGAGUUGUUCAGAGCGGAGCUUGUUCAAUUAAAGAAACAACUCAGCAGCCUCUCAACAGCGUUAAAGAUUGUUAUGGGUGAGGAUUUGGAGUUUGCAAAGUCGGAGAGGUAUAAGAGAAGGAUUCUCUUCGGUCCUGGUAACGCUAGCCAUCCAGAUCCUGACCGAAAAUUCGCCAAUCGUCGUGCGAAGCUGUACGAGCACAAGAAAAGUUGGCCUGAAAUGGAAAGCAACAAUCCUGCAAGUCAAUCAGCAAGAACAGAAAUCCAAAGUCUGAUGGACGCGUUUCGAGCAGGGAUUUCUCAGGCUUACAACAACAUAACGAAGAACAAUUUCGGUCCAGGCUGGAGAAAAGAAACUAUCUUUCACGACCCACGACGGUGGCCAGCAACCUGGGACUUUCGAUGCUAAUUUCUAUGUUCCGCUCGUUUAACUCUCGACCAAAUUUACAUCUCUAACCGCACUUAUCCGGGUAGCCACUCAAAUAUUUAUAAUGUUAAUUUUCUUCCCA